CUUUCUUGCACAUUGAUAUAUCUUCAUGGAGUCAGAUAUACAUUUUGAUAGACUUUGUUAAAGGUAGACUCAGCGACCUGACGGGUUGCAUGCGAGCUAUAUAUGUAUCACGUAGUAGCCACUUAAUCAAUGUCGAUCAUUAGCUGAAUGCUAAUUUUGGCUACCAGCUGAACCAUAGCUAAACAGCUUAUACAUUACAACUUUAGCAUAUAAAAGUGAGCUUAGAACAAAACUGGCUUAAUUUGAUUAACAUCAUGUAAAUCAUUACAUGAGAUGAAAGUGAAUUGGGACUGAAAUUGUUUCAUUCACUGAGGAGAUGAACCCGCCUGCUGCUGCCUUUCCAUUUGAAAUGACCAUUCUUUUACCGCGACAAUUAAAACAUUAAAACAGGCUAUUACUGCAAUUUCAGGUAAACUCAUUAAAACAAGAUUCAAAUAUAUGGAAAAUGUCUACACAGUUCAGCUGUUUUAAAAAGAUAUCUCUGCUAUUAAGAUUUUUUUUAUUGUACGAGCAUUUGGCUGUAGACAAUUCUAAACUCUACUGCUUGGGAUGGGGGCAAGUCUAGGAGGAGUCUCGCACACUACCUACGAAGGUGACAUAGGAGAUAUUAAAAAUGUAUACUACAGUAAUAUGUGUACACGCAGGUAUUAAACUCUCUUGUAAAUGUACGUAGUGUAAAUUACCCCUUUAGAAAUGUGAAAUUGUUAAGGGAUGCAUUUGCUCAAUUGUUUGAUCUUAUUUGCAGUGUGGUUUUAAGUCAUGAGUCAACUACCUAGAUUCUGGAACCUGGGAUGGUCUUCCUUCAUUGACUGGUGGAGUAGUCAGAUUGUUUCAGAGCAAGACUACGUGACAACUACAGGACCUUCUCAACCCUAUGGUCAGCAGCACCUGAAUGAACCUCUUCUGGACCACAGAGAGGGUCAGCUCUUCCUGACCGAGGCUUUUAAAAUCAUCCUUGAGGAGGUGCUAUGUAAGGGCAUAGACGUCAACGAGAAGGUGUGUGAGUGGCGCGAGCCAGAGGAGUUGGCUACUCUGCUAGAUCUGGAGCUGAGAGAGAAUGGGGAGCAACAGCACCAGCUGCUGCAGAGAGUACGGGACGUGGCCAAGUACAGCGUGAAGACCAAUCAUCCGCGGUUCUUCAAUCAGCUCUUUGCCGGGGUGGACUACCAUGCCUUGACAGGACGAUUCCUUACGGAGGCUCUUAACACUAGCCAAUAUACCUAUGAAGUAGCGCCAGUGUUCGUCCUGAUGGAAGACGAGGUACUCUCCAAGCUACGUUCUCUAGUUGGGUGGGCACAGGGAGAUGGCAUCUUCUGUCCAGGCGGUACCAUGUCUAACAUGUAUGCCAUGAACCUAGCACGCUAUCGGGCCUUCCCAGAAGUUAAACUUAAGGGGCUGUGGGCCCUCCCUCGACUGGCUGUCUUUACAUCUCAAGAGAGCCAUUACUCUGUGAUGAAAGCAGCUGCCUUUCAGGGUAUUGGGACAGAGAACGUGUUUAAGGUCAACGUGGAUGAUAGGGGUUGCAUGAUUACAGCUGACCUUAGUGAGAAAAUUGAGCUGGCGAAAUCUCAAGGGGCAGUACCAUUCCUUGUCCACGCCACGUCAGGAACGACUGUACAAGGUGCCUUUGACCCCCUGGAGCCCAUCGCUGACAUCUGUGAUAGACAGGGGUUAUGGAUGCAUGUUGAUGCAGCCUGGGGAGGGAGUGUUCUCUUAUCAAAGGAACACAGACAUCUCAUGAGAGGAGUUGAGAGAGCCGAUUCAGUAACUUGGAAUCCACACAAGAUGAUGCUGACUGGCUUGCAGUGUUCAGCCAUUCUGCUCAAGGACACCACGGACCUGUUAAAAUGUUGCCACAGUGCAGAUGCAACAUACCUCUUCCAGCAGGACAAGUUCUAUGACAUGAGUCUGGACACAGGUGACAAGUCGAUACAGUGCGGCCGUAAGGUUGACUGCCUGAAGCUGUGGUUGAUGUGGAAAGCUGUGGGGUCACAAGGCUUGGAAGAGCGUGUGGACAGGGCUUUCGCCCAUACAAGAUAUCUGGUGGAGAAGAUGACGAAAAGAGAGGGCUUUCAACUUAUAGGGAAGCCUGAGUUUGUGAACGUGUGUUUCUGGUUCAUACCACCCAGUCUGAGGGGAAAGGAGAACAGUCCAGACUACCAGGAUAGAUUGUCAAAGGUGGCUCCAGUGAUAAAGGAGCGUAUGAUUAAGCAGGGUACUAUGAUGGUGGGCUACCAGCCUCAGGGUGGACGAGUCAACUUCUUCCGCAUGAUAGUCAUCUCUCCGCAGCUCUCCUACCAAGAUAUGACCUUCUUUCUGGAUGAGAUUGAGAGGCUAGGGAAUAAUCUGUGAUAGUCAUUCUAGUUAUAGCCUUGAAUCUCCAUUUAUGUCACUGACUCCCAGAAUCUGUUUUGUGUUUUCUAACAAUAAUAUUACUUGUUUUUUUACAGUUUUAGGGAAGCUACUUUGAAAAUAUAGUUUACCAAGCUACUAAUUACUUCACAAUGGAAGAAGUUAAUAUACCCUUAAGAUAAACAAUUUACUUAACUAAAGUUACAUUGAAAGGGUAGCUUACUACAUCCAAACUACUUUGUGAUAAAGUACAGUACCAGUCAAACUACUCAUUCAAGCGUUUUAAUACAUUGGUGUUUUGUGGGUACUAUUUAAUGAAGCUGACAGUUGAGGACUUGUGAGGCGUCCGUUUCAUUAAACUACACAUUCUAAUGUACUUGUCCUCUUGCUCAGUUGUGCACCGGGGCCUCCCACUCCUCUUUCUAUUCUGGUUAGAGCCAGUUUGCGCUGUUCUGUGAAGGGAGUAGUAUUUAACACUUUUUUGGUUACUACAUGAUUCCAUAUGUGUUAUUUCAUAGUUUUGAUGUCUUCACUAUUAUUCUACAAUGUAGAAAAUAGUAAAAAUACAGAAAAACCCUGGAAUGAAUAUGUGUGUCCAAACUUUUGACCGGUACUAUAUAUAUAUAUAUAUAUAUAUAUAUUGCAUGGCCUUUAUGUAUUAUUUGGUUGUAGAACAUGAUGCAGGAGAUCCUUCUGAAAAAUACCCAUGACAGAUGCCAAGGGAGGCCUGAUCCGUGCCAUGAUGCAUUGAGACAGACAUAGGAGCUCAUGGGCUGUGGGCUGCAGCAGAACCGUGUCAACAUCCUGGACACGGUUGCAUGGAAGAAGUCGCCCCUGAAUAAACAGUGAACUUGAGUGACCCAACGUGCCUGGAUUAAAGAUGGCCUUGUCUGAGAAGGGUGGAUUCUUA